AUGACGCUAUCAGCUACGCUACUCUCGUGUUUGCAGACGACGGUGAGAAGGCUUUGCGAAUCUCUCUUUCGCUCUGGUACAAAGCCUUAUCUUUAUUGAACUCCCAAAGAGUCACAUUAGAUGUUUAAGUGAUAUGGACCAGUGAAAGUCCAGGAAUGAUCAAAUGUCCACUUCAAUAGGUCAACAUGUCAAGUCUGUUUUCCAAAGUAGCUUUCUAUCCAACAUUGGUUUACAACAUCUUCUUAUCCAAGGUGACCAGUAGGAACUGGUAUGACCGUAUUGAUGAAACUGUUCUCCUUGGAGCUCUGCCUCUAAGAGGAAUCACCAAGCAGUUGGUAGAGGAAGAGAAUGUUCGAGGUCUAGUAUCUAUGACGGAGGAUUUCGAGAUGAGCCAGUUUGUAAAUUCUGAGGAGGAAUGGUUAAAUGUUGGUGUCAAACAGCUGCGACUACAGACAGUUGACUAUGUUGGGACCCCUACACAGGAAAACAUCAACCGGGGUGUCAACUUUAUCCUUCAGCACAGAGAUCGUCGGGAAAGUGUGUAUGUCCACUGUAAAGCUGGUAGGACCAGGAGUGCAACAGUAGUCGCCUGUUACCUUAUCAAGGCUAAUGGAUGGACACCAGUAGAAGCAGUAGAAUUCAUCAAGACAAAGAGAAGUCAUAUCUGGCUAAGAGAUAAACAACUAAAAUCAAUUGAUGAAUACUACUCCAACUGGAAAGACUUUAAGCCAGUAGAUGGAGCCUGAAUCGCCAAAGUAUUGACAGAGCUCUAUAUUUAUGUCUGUUUGUGCUAAGAUUAAAAUGGCCGGCAAUUAGCUUUUUGAUUUAUAAGUGUCUUUGUGAAAGCUGAUCAGAUUCUUUUCAAUGUCUGUUGCCAUGUUUCGUAAUAUGAACAGAGCUUCCCAUGGCUUUCCGCUGGCUGCUUGUUAAUCCACAAUAUAACGCAGGUGGUUUGAUAUGGGCCGGUCCUACCUGCAAUCUGAUCAAAAUAAAGAUCAUCAUUUUACGCUUUGUUACAAAGAUUUGACAAUAUGUGGUCAGUAAGAGGUUUUGUUAAGAUGACUUUACAACCUUUACCUGGUACAUUGUAUAAGGAUCAAAUAAUGUCAGAACUUCUUCAAGAAUAUUUAUGAAUGUUUAGUGAUUGAAAAGGUGAUCAUUGACACUAUUAGAGGUGGGAUUUGUCAUUUGAGUGUAUGCAUACAUUUGCAUUAAGAUUUUCAGUAAUGUAAUAUUAAAAGGCUUUGGUGCUACCUUGGACUUUAUGCCUGUGUUAUUGUAAACUUUAACUCCCUUUUAAUUGGUAUCAAGUUAAACAUUUAUUGAAACCAAAUGUUAGUUAUGAUUCACAAGCUCUGGAAAUUGGUUCCAUUUAGUUAAGCUUUAAUUAGUUAAUGUUGACUAUGUGGAUCAUGACAAAAAAUGGUGAUGAAUUAUAGGAUUGCCAUUGUGGGCUCUAUUGAUGUUGUAAUAUUGUUAACCAUUGAGCAGGUCUUUCUGUGCAGGUUCUUGUUUAGUUUUGCAUGUUGAAGUAUUUAAUAAAGGAACAUGUAUGAUAUA